CCCGAUAUGUACGGCCAUACUAGUGGCACAUGCGCCUGAACCCAUUUCGAAUUCAGAAGCUAAGCGCCCUCAGGCUUGGUUAGUACUGAGGUGAGGGAUCACUCGGGAACCCCAAGUGCCGUACGUUUUUUUGUACUGUUUUUUAGGGUUCUAUGAAAAGAGAAGCCAAGNAAUACAAAAGGAAUCAAUGUUGGCCAAGGAAACUGAUUGUGAAGAAACGGCAACAAAACACAUACUUGUCGUUGCAAGUGCAAAAGCAAGUUGAGUUUAACCAGCAUUUUUCUUUCGAGUUUAGAAAUCUUGAGGAUUCCAUAAAGCUUGGUCAUAAAUUGUGUCCUAAGAGUAUAUUCUCUUUUAAUUCUGGUGAUAGAGCCUCAAGAAAGAACUUGAAUUCAGCAACCAAUUCCUUAACGACUUUAAGUGAGCUGGUAUGGUCUUCAUUUGCAGGACGUUUCUUGUUCGAUUUGAGUACCUUUCUCUCUUGUUGUCACAUUUCUCUGCUAGUCAAAGUCUUGUGUUCACUUUUGACUAGCAUGAUAAUAUUAGAUGCAGUGAAAGUUCGCAAAGGUUGCCUGUCAUAACAGUAGCGCAAUUCAUUGACAAGGUUGUUGUAUUGAGUUGAAAGUGGUGCCUUGAAAGUAAAUUCAAGUAUUCCACCGUGCAGAGCAAAGUUGUCUGUGAAGGGUUCUCAUUGUAUCAUAUCAUGUACUACUCGAAGAAUGCCUUAUAGUCCCGUCUAUGGAAUACUUUUUUGUCAAGGCUGUUCUACAAUAGCUGAGCAAGGAUUCAAUUACAUUGGCUAUCACUAGUCUUUGAAACUUUUACCACUUACGUCCCCUUGAGGCAGUUUUACUAGAUUUUAUAGUUGGCCUUGGACUCUUCUGCUUCUCAAUUGUCAAGGCCAUUUUUGAAUACAUUUCCCUCUUCAAAUUCAUCAGAAGAAUCGUUGUUUGCUGUGGCUUUCAUAUUGUGAUUCAAACCGCAUGACGGUCUCAAGAGUGUUGCUAUCUAGAAUGCAUAGGAAGGUUCGAAUAAGGCAUUGAUCGAGAGAGAAUCUUUAUUCUUCUAUAGUCUUUCUGAACCAACAUGUCAUUUUUAUUCAGUACUGCAUUUAUUUAUUUAUAGAUAAUCUGUCAUUUUUUUUAUAAACAUAACAUGGUCCUC